AACGUAGAUGUCGAUUCUAUAAAUAUUAAAUUGAUUAACAAAAUUCCGGGAGAUAUAAUUACAUACAUAAGGGCUGAUGAAACCAUAACCGAGGAUGAAGCGACGUUUUAUCCCACUGAAUUUUUAAACUCUUUAAGUAUAUCAGGAUUACCACCUCACAAACUUUUACUCAAAGUCGGGGUACCUAUAAUAUUAAUGCGUAACUUAAAUUCUGCUUCUGGUUUGAAUAAUGGGACUAAAUUGAUUAUAACUUCUUUGCUACCAAAUAUAAUUGAGGCGGAAUUUCUUUCUGGUAGUUUUCUCAGUACUAAAGUUCUCAUUCCUAGAAUAAGUUUAAUUCCUACAGAUUCUGGCUUGCCAUUUUCCUUUAAGCGCUGCCAAUUUCCCGUGAGACCUGCUUUUGUCAUGACAAUUAAUAAAGCUCAGGGACAAACGUUGAACAAAGUUGGCAUCUAUUUACCUCAUCCUGUUUUUUCACAUGGACAGCUAUAUGUGGCUAUGUCUCAAGUUUGUUCUCCUCAUAAAUUAAAGAUUAUAACCAAUGAUAAAACAAAGACUACUACCAAUGUGGUAUAUCAUGAGGUUAUAUCCGAUUAAUCCCGGUUUAUACGAAUAAGAAUGAACAUUACUUACAUCCUUUUGUCAGGCCGCUCAAUAUGCCCUUUUAUCUCUGAUGAAUAUUUUGUCUAAUUGAAAAUUAUAUCAAAGAUCCUACUUUUUUAAAAGCUUACCAUUUUGUCGGAUCCACCAUUGCUCUAUUAUCCCUGCUGAUUAUUUUGUAUAACGCACAAAAAAAUAUACAUAGCUAACCCAACCUUAUUCCCUUACAUUGCUACAAAACAUGAUGAUUCUAUUAUUAAAGAUAAGCAAAGAAAAUAAUGACGAAUAAACAAACGCCUUACCCGUUCUAGAGUUACUGGUAGACAAAAUAAUAAAGAACUACGCUUGAAAUGAACUCAUCUGGAGAUAAUCUAAUGCAAGAGUUCCUUGACUUUAAUAUGAAUGAAGAAUUUUUUAGAAAUUAUUCUAAAGAUCAAGACUUCAUUGAAUUGAUUAACAAAAUGAAAAAUACUCAGGAUAGUUAUUCAACAUCAGAAAUAAAUUUAAAAGACCUUCAAAAACAAUGUAAUUUUUGGUUACUUGGGCUUAAAAAAUUUAAUAGGAUGGCACAAAUAAAAUGUAAAAAUAUAAAGGAUAAAACUUCUGAUAUUAAACAGAAAGUAGAUGAAAAAUAUUUAGUUUUACAAAAUUUACUAUAUCAAGUUAAUUAUUUGAAGCAAGAAAUUAAAAAUUGUAUUAAUUGUCCCACAUUAUAUGAGGACUUAGAUAUACUGCCAUGGCAACAAUUUUUUGAAAUCAUGCCUGAAUAUAAAGAAAUAGGGGAUAAAAUUAUCAUAGAUGAUGAUAGCUCAUGUGAUAACUUGAUUAAAGAAAAUAAUAUUGAUGUACAACAUAAAUUGGCCUUAGCACGAUUAGAUUGUGAGUUAGAAGAGAGAAAAGCGUUGGCACAAAAUAUUGAAAAAUUAUUAGUAAUAAAGCAAGAUAUACAAAAUAAUAUUAUGGAAAAAUCUAAAUUAUUAGAUUCUAUAUACCCUUCUUUGAAACAAUCUCUAAAAGAAACACUAUUAGUUCAAAAGUUGUUUGGGUUAGAUUUUGAAAAAGAUUAUUUAGUUUCCAAUAUGGUUAGAGCAUUACCUACACCUUUGUAUUCAAUUUAUGCCAAAUAUCUUUCUUACAAAAAAUUAUACAAUGAUAAAGAAAUUCACUUUGAUAUAUACGAAGAAGAUUUAGUAAACGAGAAUUCUGUCAAAGAUUUUCUUGUUGCCUUAUCUUGUAUAAACGUAGAGAAAAGUAAUUCUGAUUUAAUAAAUACUGCCUCCAAUCUUCCUAACAAUAUUGAAGAAACAAUGGAUGAGAGUGAUUCUAAAACUCAUUAUCUUAAUCAAAUUACGGUUGACGAAAGAAAUCUAGCUGAUGUUAAAAAAAUUGUCUUACACACUCUAAAUACAAUUAGUGAAAACGAUGAUUUCACUAUCCCUCAACCCAUUAAAGUUAAAAGUGUUGGAAAAGACAAAUAUGGGAGACAUGAAAAGAAUGAAGAAGAUAAUAGGCAUGCUGAAAUAACUCCCAAACCACAUGAUUAUAAUCCCCAUGCCGAUUUAAAAUUCAUUUUGAGCAAAUCCAAUCUCACUCUCAAAAUUACUGUGGCAUGUGAAGAUAAUUUAGACAAUGAUAAAAAGCAGAUUCAUAUGAUAGAGUUAAUUUUUAGACAUUAUCCUAAUCUGAAUAUAGUGACAGCCUCAUUUAAUGUGAAGGGUGAAAAACCGAAAUUAAGUAAAUCAGUAAACGAAAGGAUAUCGGUUAAGGAUGAUGACAUAUGGAGUAUCAUGAAGCAAAAUUUAUUAACAGAUAUUUUAGAUGAUUCUUCAUCAAGCAUCUCCUUGUCACCUAUUGAUUAUAUGAAAACAAAUUUCUACAUACCCAAAUUGGUAAAAGUUAUAUUUAAAAACAAGUCACUCGAUUGGAAUGACAAAGGUAUAGAGGAAGUCAAGGGUAAGCUAGAAGAUCUUAUUACAACACUCAAUUUAUCGCUCGAAGUUGUAUAUGAUAAAAUAGGGUAUCCUUAUCAAUGGCUUCAAUAUGUAAAUGAAGGGUCUAUUGGUGAUGUGACUAGCCACGACGAUGAUGAUAAAUUGAUGAAUAUAUUUGCUGUUGUUAAAUCAAGAUUUCAGUCAAGGAUACAUCUCUAUAAAUUAAUAGCGGAAUUCAAAUCAUUAUCAUCAACCAACCAGGACUCGAACAAUUUUGGACCCUUAAAAAAAUUCGAUAUAAAUUUGUUGUCUUCAAUUCAAAAUUUUUCUUUCUAUCUUUGUCAUAUCGAAUUGGUGUUACAAUGUAAAAGCCGUAAAAGUUUAAAUGUUUCGAUAACCUUACCCAAUACAACCGAAUACUACUGUUCUCAUAUUCAACAAAAUAAGAUCAAGACGAUGUUGCCUAACUUAAUCGAAUAUGAUAUUACCGAAUUAAACUCCCAUAGCAUGCAAUACAACUUAACAUUUAAUUUUAACCACCAGCAUUUGCUUCAGGAUAUAUGCGACAGUGAUAAUGAAAAUUCUUUAUUAAAUACCAAUUUUACAGAUUCAACAUUAAAUAAUAAAUUCAAGAUAUUAGAAAAUAAAAUGAAUAACUUAUGCCCAAGAUCAAUUUCACAUGGCGAGGAAAAGCCCAGUGAUGCCUGUAUAUUAGCUAUAAAAAUGGCAGAACUAAUAAAAGGAUUUAAUCACAUUGUUAAUGCAGAAUCAAACGUUGACAAAUUUCUAUAUCCAAAUAAAAAAUAUAUAAAUGAAAUUAAUGAUCCUUAUAUAAAAUUGGAUAUAAUGGAUCUAUUUAUAUGUAAUGCUAAGUGACUCUAACGACUUUGAAAUUCGAAAAGAAAACAAUUAGAAUCAGAUAUGCAUAUCAAAAAGCAACUAUAUUUGAUAAAAUUAAUAUGUUUAUAUAACUUCAAUUGAAUAUACUUAUAACUUUAAUUAAUAUAAAUUUAUUAAUGCAAUAAAGUUGUGAUCA